AUGACUAGCAGCACUGAUGUGAAUGCCGGAUACUGGUACUGGAACGGUGAGUUGCAGCCGGAGAACAUUGAUUUCAGCCUUUUCACCCAUCUUUUUGCUGCCUUUGCUGGUGUCAAUGACACCUACCAACUCAGCUUUCCAACCAAUCAGCUUCGAACCUUCGCCAAAACCGUGAAGAACAACUCUGAUAUUAAAGCCAUUUUAUCCAUCAGUGGAGACACUGAUCCUUCCAUUUUUGACACAAUCGCUAGCGAUUCUGAUUACCUUAAAACAUUCAUACAUUCCUCCAUUGAUGUAGCCAGGGAAUUUGACUACGAUGGCCUUAGCCUCCACUGGCAGUAUCCCAACACGACCGAUCAGAUGACCAACCUUGCCACACUCCUCAAAGAGUUGCGAGCUGCCGUGGAUAAAGACGCUGAUGAUCGCCCUGGCGAAGCCAAGCUGCUUCUAACCGCAGCCGUCUAUUACUCCCCACAGUAUACGUUGACGUCCGUUACUUAUCCCAUUCAAGCUAUCUCAGAUAGCUUGGACUGGAUCAACGUAAUGGCCUAUGACUUGUAUACCCCUCUCCCUGAUUCCUCACCCUAUUCUACUGCGCCGCCUGCCAAUUUGCACACUCCAUCAGGCGCUGAACCAAUUAUUAACGUGGAUGCCGGCGUCCGUGCUUGGAUUUAUGCAGGCGUGCCGGCCAACAAAUUAGUCCUCGGCCUUUCAUUUCGUGGCCGCAGUUGGCUUCUGAAAAAUGCUGAUGACCAUGAAAUAUCCUCAGAGGCUAAUGGACCUGCGACUGAAGUAAGUGACCCCAUACCUUAUUCCCAAAUCCAGAAGUUUAUAGACAACGGUGGCGCAGAAGUGACUGAUCCCUCCUACGUCAUACAGUAUUGCUAUGACGGGACGACCUGGAUUGGUUAUGAUGGUAAGAAGAGCAUCUUAUAUAAGGUUAGAUAUGCAAAGGACAAAGGAUUGCUUGGUUACUUUGCGUGGCAUGUGGGCGACGACGACACUGCCUUGACUCUUUCAAACCAAGCUUCCCGAGCAUGGAACGAAGAAGAUGUGGCACGUGUUUAA